GAAGUAUCGACACAUUAGUUUCAAUUUUCUGAUGAACAAAGAGCAAAGUUCGGUGUUUAAUUGAAUGGUCACGUUGUUAAAUUUCGGAUUGAAUCAAAUUUUAACAGAAUAUCAUCGGAGUUUGGCUGGCAAUUAACAAUCGAAAUCGACUUAAAAAUGGAAUCGAAAAUGUUUACAUUCGGACUCGUCAUGCUUUUCUGCAUCAUUCAGUCAAGCUCUGCGUUGAAGUGUUACACCUGUGAUUCGGUCUCCAAUCCGAGAUGCGCUGACAUAAAAGACAAGGGAUUUCAGGCACAGGAAUGUUUAGCUGAAAAUGUUCUGUCGCAGGGUGCCGGCUUCUUCGGUCAAUUCGGUUUGGGUGGAAAUAAUGCCAACAAGGAACCUCUGAAACCCACUUGUUUGAAGAUCGUUACUCGUAACGGUACCGUCGGUAGUGUUGUUGCUCGCCGUUGUGCAGUAAGAACACAGGACCAAGAUCUAUGCAAACUUCAAGCCCAAAACGCUGGUAACAAUAACCAGUUGGAGUUCUGUGGCGUCUGCGAUACAGACGGAUGCAACAGCGGCAAUUCAAUGCAAUUGUUUUCGACGUUGAUUGUUUUCGGAGCAAUGGUUUGCACCGCAAGAUUGUUCGUUUAAUUUGAGCGAAGAAAAAAAAUCGUUUUUGCAUUUCAACAUUGCUGUGAGGCUUUUUGAACUGUGGAAGCGAUUUGUAAGAGCUCGGAAUGAACCGGGUGAGAAAUUGAUGUGCAAAAAAAUUAGUCGUAAGCAGUUUACCUUUUACCCAUACAACAAUGUAAUUUACAGUAAGAAACAGCAAAUUUCCUUUUAAUAUUUAGUGGUCAAGUUAGAGCAUCUUGAAGUAUCAAAGGUGAAUUUUCAAUAUUUUAGUGUCAGUGUGAGUUUCCACAAAUUAUUCUAAUUAGAAAGUAAGUUCAGUUGUAACGAUGUGAUUCACUUUUAAAGCUUCGCUAAUUUUGUAAUUUUCAUUUAGAAUUCUCAAAUAAAUUUUAAGUGAAAACCGU